UUACAACCUCCCUCAUCUCUCAACAAAGCCUGAAACCUGGCUCGCAUCGUCUUAUAACCUCUCUUUGAUAUCCUAUCUCUAUAGAUUUGCGCCGCUCCUUAUUCAGCUGCCUUUUAUGUCGCCUUGUUCAUUGACUACCUCAGCGCCUCGUUCUUCACGCUUCCUCACCAUGGCAGACGGGUCGAGUUUAGAGGUAAUCAAGGCAAACCCCAUUAGCAAAGGACUAAAUGCCUUUCUUACCUCUUUCGAAUCCACCUGCAGAGAUCUGGGUAUCUCAGGGCCGGACGGGCUGCACAAUAUUGGUGGUGAAGGAACCAAAAAUUGCCUCCUUGACCUUAUAUCAGCUUUGCUGGUUCUCCCUGCAUCUCGUUCACUGCCUUCUAAGGGUAAUAACAUAAACCUCUUUGGCGAUCUGUUGGAGCUGAGCUCAGCGAUCAACUCCGGCAACUUCAACACCAAGCAUAUCAUACCGCUCCUCAGAGCGGUCCUUAACAAUGAGCCUGAUGAAGUCAUCUGGAACAAUGUCUACGCCGCUGUUACCGCGUCUACGGCUUUCACAAUCGUCAAACCCACAACUCCUCCGCUGUCCGCCCCCUACCUCACCGCCUCCUUCCAGCAGACGCCAUGGCAGCACAACACGGGCAGCUUCGCGAACUCCACCGAACACCGCAAAUAUGUGGAUGGCGUGCUGAAGGAGGAAUUGGGACAGCUGUACGUCGAGGUCCCUGGUUUCUUCGAUGCCUACUUUGGAAGCGUCCUGGGCCUGAAGUCGGUAGCGCAGGCCGUGUUCGACAAGUGCAAAGAAGGGGAUAAUCCGCUCUACCAAGAAGAAGGCGGUUGGCAGGGCUGGCCUGAAGGCGCGAGGGAACGUGACGUCUUAAGCUGGUUUGCGCCGCUUACCGGCCAGCUCUUAGACUUCGCAGCAGAGAGUCAGCCCGUCUCCAGGCCUCGACGGCGGCCGCUGGCACAGCCCCACCAGCCCGUGCAAGGCUCCACCGCCGACCGCAAGUUAGACGUCGGCUUCGUAGACGACCCGAGCGCCUGCGUUGACUCCAAAUGCCACUGGUCGCAGAUCCUCAUACCAGGAGAACUCAAGAGCAAUCCAUCGGCCGACAUAGCCUCCAAAGCAUGGCUUGACCUAGGGAGAUAUGCGAGAGAGGUGCUCGCUGCUCAAGACAGCCGCCGCUUCGUUCUUGGCUUUACACUGUGCGGAUCUCUUAUGCGACUGUGGGAAUUCGACCGGUUAGGGGGCAUCGCGUCCGCGCAAUUUGACGUCAACGAAGAUGGACUGCAGUUCGUGUCCGCUGUGCUUGGGUUCCUGUGGAUGAAUGAGGAGCAGCUUGGAUUUGACCCUACUAUCAUCACUGCCGGGGACAAGCGGUACAUCGAGAUCGAACGGGACAACCACACAGAGCGACUCAUCAUUGACAAGGUCAUGAAACGCGUGCCUUGUGUCGCUGGUCGAGCAACAACCUGUUGGAAAGCCUAUCGUGAAGGAGACAAUACGCGAGCACCCCUUGUCAUCAAAGACUCAUGGCAAUACCCGGAACGAGAGGAGGAGGGCGAGUUACUACAGGAGGCGACCGACAAAGGCGUGGUCAAUGUCGCGAGAUACUAUCACCACGAGACGGUCUGCGUGGGCGGCCAGGACGACGACAUCCGCGUGAACGUGCGACGAGGCCUAGACAUAACGAAAGCGAAAUACUACAGGCCGGAAAGCUUGAUGCCGCCUCCAAGCACAGCUGGACGUCGCGUUUCGCGGAUAGGCCGAAGCAGCAGUGUUGCCGGGCGCAAGCGGUCCUCCAGCUGCACCGGCGCACCGCUGCCACCUACCAAGCGAACCUGUUCAAGCUCUCCAACAAAGGGCGGAAGGGCGACAGCAAAUCGAGUGCGUCGUCGCGUCAUUGUCCGUGACUACGGGAAGGCUAUCUACAAGGCAAGCUCCCGGACUAGUCUUCUUGGUGCGUUGGAAAGCUGCAUUGAAGGAUACGAGUCGUUGCACACACGAGCUGGUAUGCUACAAUGCGAUAUCUCACCAAACAACCUCAUGAUGAACGAAGAGGAUGAUAACCCCUCCUGGCGCGCGUUUUUAAUUGACCUUGACCUUGCCAUUAAGGAGCAGCGGGAGAAAUCUUCAGGGGCCCGAGGGAAGACCGGCACACGAGCGUUCAUGGCGAUUGGAGUGCUUCUAGACGACGAAAAGCAUUCGUUCAUGCAUGAUCUGGAGUCGUUCUUCUGGGUGUUAUUCUGGAUUUGCAUUCACUAUGAUGGGCCGGGGCGAGAUAUUGGGGUGACUGAGUUUGAGAAGUGGAAUUACGUGAGUAUGGAGGAGUUGGCAGAUUUAAAAGCAGGGCUAGUCGGCAGAGAAAGACGUUUUCUGAACCGGAUCAACAAAGCCUUCACACCGUACUACUGGCCGUUGAUCCCAUGUGUAAAUAAGCUGCGGAAGGUUGUCUUCCCAAUGGACAAACCGUGGGAGAGAGAAGAUAGGACGCUCUACAUGCGGAUGAAGGUGAUUCUUCAGGAAGCGAGAGAGAAUUUAGAAGGCUCAAUCGAAUCACAACAGGAGGAUAAGUAAGCAUCAAAGAGAAGUGCAUAAUUAUGGGCUGUGCUUU